AUGGCUGAUAUCUUCGCAGCUCUCAAUCAUCUCAAUCAAAAGAUGCAGGGCGGUGGAGUCAACAUCAUCGAAGCGGAGGAAAACCUGAAGGCUUUUCAAAAAAAGCUACCUUUAUGGAAACGACGAACAGAGAACGAUAACUUYGCAAACUUUCCCCUGCUGGACGACUGUUCAGACCCAUCCUUUCUCUCGGACGCCCAGUCCCUCUCCGAGUGCCACCCUGACCCCCUGCAUGUGGCCCUGGCGUUUGGGGCCUCUGUGGCUUUGGUGACUGUGUGCCUGGGUCCUGCUACCUCUGGAGGAGUGGUCCACUUGAACCCGGCUGUGACCCUGGCUCUGGCUGCAGGACUGAGGGAGGGAAGGCUCCUUAUUGGUGCCCCUGGAGGCUACUACUUUCAAGGUCAGAUCAUCAGUGCAGGACUGCCUGACAUUGUCAACAGUGCCAAGAGCCAGAAUGCCAAACCUUAUGUGGCUGGACAAACCCAUUCCCCUGAGACUGGUGGAUACAAUCAUUACCAUGGGUAUUCUGUGGCCGCUGGCGAGUUUACUGGAGACUCAAUACCAGAUUAUGUGGUUGGAGUGCCUAAUGACCGCAACACAGCAGGCUCAGUCAAAAUCUAUAAUGGAAAUACACUUGACUUUUUGAGAGUGAAACACACAUUCUUAGGCUCUCAGGUGGCCUCUUACUUUGGCCACAGCGUUGCAGUGACUGAUAUCAACAAUGAUGGACGAGAUGACAUCCUAAUCGGGGCGCCCCUCUUCUUGGAGCGUGUGUCGGGCCAGCAGUUGCAGGAGGUGGGCCAGGUGAGUGUGUACCUGCAGAGAGGGCGCUCCACCUUCCACUCCAAGCCAGACCAGAAGCUGACAGGUUCCCAGGUGUACGGACGCUUUGGCAGCACCAUCGCCCCCCUCAGUGACCUGGACAAUGACGGUUUUAAUGAUGUUGCUGUGGGAGCCCCAUCCUCAGGCAUUGAAGGGAGGGUUUUCAUCUACAUGGGGACUAGCGAUGGACUGUCUCCCCAGUAUACCCAGGUCAUUGAGAGUCCCUUCCGGUCCCUAGGUCCCUCUCCAGCACAGUUUGGCUUCACCCUGAGAGGAGCCACUGACAUUGAUUCAAAUGGCUACCCAGAUCUAAUUGUUGGUGCAUGGGGAGUCAAUAAGAUUGCUGUGUACAGGGCUCAAGCCGUGGUGAUGGCAAAGACCCAACUCUCCCUCUACCCUGACUUCCUGAACCCAGAUGUGAAGGAGUGUGAGCGCACCACCACCAACGAGCCUGUGGCCUGCUUCACAGUCAUGAUGUGCAUUAGUGUGUCUGGCCACAGCAUUCCAGAGGAGAUAGUUCUAGAUGCAGAGCUUCAGCUGGACAAGAUGAAACAGCCAAUGGCCAGGAGGACCCUGUUGCUGCACACAAAUCUGCCCCAAGAGUAUUUCCAGCUAACCAUUCAGAGAGAUGUGGGAGUGGUCUGCAUGAACCAAACCGCUUACCUAAGGCAUGAGUCAGAGUUCAAGGACAAGCUGAGCCCCAUCUUCAUCUCCCUGAACUACAGCCUGUCCAACUCCCAGGAGACCAUGCUGCAUGGCCAGAGAGCUGUGGUCGCACAGACCAGGAUCAUUCUGGACUGCGGAGAGGACAAUGUCUGUGUCCCUGACCUGAGGCUGACUUCUGAAGCAGGUACUGGCCGUCUUCUGAUAGGGGAUGACCACCCUGCCCUGCUGGUCAUCACAGCGGAGAACCGAGGAGAGGGGGCCUACGAGACCGAGCUGGAGAUACGCCCACCUGCCAACACACACUACCAGAGUAUGGUGACUGACAGAGAGGGCUUCAGCAGGUUGAUCUGCGCUCAGAAGAAGGAGAACCAGACGGUGGUGGUGAUCUGUGAGCUGGGAAACCCUAUGAAGCAGGGCCAGAAGCUCCAGGCCGGUCUGUUCUUCAGCGUGGGGAACCUGGAGAAGGUGGAGAGCCACGUGUCAUUCACAUUACAGAUCAAAAGCAAAAACAGCCAGAAUCCUGACAGUAAUGUGGCCCAUCUGAGGAUCGAUGUCAGCGCUGAAGCAGCUCUGGAGAUGCGGGGGGGCUCCUCUCCACCUGAGUGUGUCUUGCCCAUUGCCAAGUGGGAACAGAAGGAGCAGCCUGACGACCUGGACGAGGUUGGCCCGCUAGUGGAACACGUCUAUGAGUUGAGAAACCUGGGUCCGAGCACGGUCAACGCCAGGGUGGUAGUAGAGUUCCCCACCCAUCACCAUGGAGACUUACUGCUCUAUGCGUUCGCUAACGCCUCCGAGGAUUUCCUCAUCUGCCACACUGACUCCCCUGACAUCGACCCAUAUCAGUUGGUUAAGACCGGGAAUGCUACUGUUGGUACAGUGUACAAGGUUAAACAGAAUGAGGUGGAACGACUGGAGCCUCAGCGCAAAGAGACCGUUCACGUGAAUUGCACAAGUGGAGAUACCUGUCUGAGGUUUGUGUGUGAGGCCAAAGGUCUGGAAAGAGGCUGGAGCGCUGUGGUGAAGGUGAUGUCCCGACUCUGGGUACAAACCUUCCUGGAGAGGCCUUAUGAGAAUUAUGUCCUCCACUCUAUAGCACGCUAUGCGGUUAUAGAUAUGCCCUCUAAGAUCCAGCCUGAAGACCUGCCAAGUGGACAGGCUGAGACCCAGACCAGUGUGGUGUGGAGGGCUCCUGAUGGAGAGAAGGAAGUGCCGGUGUGGUGGAUCGUUGUGGCUGUGCUCUCUGGCCUAUUCCUCCUCGCUCUGCUAGCUCUGAUCUUCUGGAAGGUGGGGUUCUUUAAUCGCAACCGUCCCCCGUGUGAUGAUGAUGAUGACAAUGCAGAGCAGCUGGCUGGGGCUGGACAGCCUGAAUACGCUGAGAUGCCCCCAAACACAGAGGACAAGCAAGAAUAAACAACUACUGUAUCACCCUGGUGUUUUAUGUAUUUAUUUGUUUUGACAGACGCCCACCCAUUUUAUGAGUUUUAAACUGUUUCACAUGGUUUGUAAAUGUUGCAAUUGGCUUCUUGUUCUACUCCCUAUAACUGCACACUUUCUGAAGAUGCACCAUUUAAAAAAUAACAUGUUUUUUAAAGGGUAUCUUGUAGCUAUUCUAUUUUGUAUUAAAAUAAACAUCUUUACCAUCUUGA